AUGGAUAAUGGCCAAGAGUACUGUGAACCGUCACAACGAAUGGAAAACGCAAGUAGUCGAGCGUUCACGAAUCGUGACCGUACCACGAAUGCUCCAGACGUCCGAAUAAGUGUCGAGGAUUGGGGAGGAUUUCCAAGUAGUUCCAAUUCGGUCCCUCAAGAGAACGGAGCUUACUACUCAAGCGAUGCCGGAGGCCGAAGGAGCAGUGCUGGUCGACCAGCAUCGUCUGUUAUUGAAGCGGCGGAUAGACUGCGUGGAGAAUACGCACGCCUUCAACAAACAAUUCACGAGAAUCAAGAGGCACAAUCGUUAUGUACAAUGGUCACAGCAACUAUUCCUUUCGUCUUUGUAUUCGUCCUUAAAAUGGUUUUUGAUAACUUCUUUUCAAUCCUUCGAAUAGUCAUCGCCCUGGGGGGCUUUCUUGCAGUUGAUUCAAGAGUCCAAGAGCUGUUCACAGCAGGUCAUUCAGCAUCAAGUAUUCGCAUUACUGCCGUGAUCAUAUUUUUGGUGUUAUUUUACUUUACUUCUGGUAUUUGCUCUCAUGAUGAUGAGUUCAACAUGAGAAAUGUUCUACUUCUCAAAUAUGCGGGUGUUGUCUAUCAUGGAUUCUUUUUUACGGUGUAUGUGCUCACACUCAGUGAUACGUUCAUUAAAAUGGUGGUUUCAGGCACGAAACUGAUAGUUUCCCUGUCUGGUAUAAGCAUGAGCAUGAAAAGAAAAAUCAAUCAGUUGUUAGAGUAUUUAUCGCAGACAUACCGCUGCGUCGUUCCAGUUCCUCAGUGGUUGAAUUACUUCAUCGGGAAAGAAUUGUCUAACUUUGCAUUAUAUGCUAAUGGCUUACUUUUCACUCUAUACGGGAUUAUCAAGGCACGUGAACUAUGGGGGCUUUUUCUGACAACGUUUGAAUGCGCAUCGCGGAUUGUACGUCCGACGCGCCAUGGCAGUUUUCCUACUGCUGACGAAGUUGACCAGCAGGGAAUGUGUUCAGUUUGUCAUGGAGAAUUUUCUUCUCCCAUCAAAUUGGUUUGCUCUCAUAUCUUCUGCUCGGCCUGUAUAGAAAGAUGGUUAGAAUGCGAGAAUACAUGCCCGAACUGCCGAGCCGUUGUGGAGAAGAAAGAUAAUUCCUGGAAAGAUGGUGCCACAAGCAAAGGAAUUCGAUUUUGUUAA